AUGAAGGGGCAUCGUACUUCUCGACGACUCCGCGUACCGGGCGCUCAGCAAGUAGCUCAAAUUUGGAUGUCAAAUUUUGACUACAACAUAUUGCAUCGACCACCGCUUCAUUCGCUACGAGAUUUAAACGGUACCAAACAAAUUGUCCAACAUUAUCAUUUGAAAACAAGAUUGCGUCUUCAGGCGAAUACAACAGUUUGUAAACUUUAG